ACAUCAGGUCUCCUACCAUACAUUCUAUCAGUGAGUGACUUAUGAUUGAUGGGGGCCACGGCUGUUGUUUAGCUUUUAUCUGUGACCUCAGCGAAUGGACAACAGGAAUUUCCAGGCUGUUAAAUUCCCUGAAUGCUUGAAGACACGGGAUCGUGGUGCUGAUAAAUGCAGGUGGAGACUUUGGAUUUUUAAAGAAGAAAGUCAAUAAUCAGAUUCACCUGAAUGAUGAAACAAAUUGCUGUGGUUGGAACCAAUGAUUGCUAAAUCUUUACUAUCAACAACCAGUGUAACCACCACAUUUGAACUCUAACAUCCAGUACCUGAUGUACUAUAUGAAGAAAUGGAAAUGGAACCAAAAAGAUGAAGAUGGAGAAAAACAGCUGGACCAGACCAAGUAUACACAGAGGAAAUCCUUGCUGGAGGCAACACAGUUUUGAAGGCAUUAAGGGACUUAUUUCCAAGGAAGCAACAAGACAAUCAUGCACAUUACAACUCUAAAAUACGCAGGUCAUUACAUCUUAGUGAGAAUAGCAACUGAAACUUCACUCUAGCUGAUCUACAAGCAUCCUGCUGGGCUAAUUUUCACCCCAAUAUUUCAUCACAGCAGAAAAUACUCCAUCUCCAUAAGAACACUUUUCAGAUUCACACAGCUUUCUGAUGGAAUUUCUUUCAAUGAACAGGACUGUCUUAUUGUGCAAUCCCAGAGACAUUGACAUCUAAUGCCUAUAGAUUACUGUGUAGAAGGCUCCAAGGAGAAAGAGACACCAGUAAAUUUUCAGAGUCCCUGGAAGAAUGGGAGCAACAAAGAUUUAAAAAGCACAGCUUUGGACACACUCCAUGUGUGUACACAGCUUUCAAGUGAACUAGCACUUAAGACCGUGUGUAACAAAAUGGACUCUGGGGAUACAGCUAUAGGGCAGAAAGUUACCUCAAGGUCUGGAGAAACUGCUAAAGUACUGAGUAGAUGGAGACAAGAACAAUCAGCUGUUAUUAAGAUGAGCACUUUUGGCAAUCAAGAAGGACAGCGGCAACCACAAAUAGAUCCUGAACAAAUUGGAAACACAGCAUCAGCACAACUUUUUGGUUCUGGGAAACUGGCAUCAUCUACUGAAGCUGUUCAUCAGGCUAUAGAGAAGCCAUAUCCGCCACACCGCCCAAGUCCUUAUGCAUGCCAACAUUCGCUUUCUUUUCCUCAACAUUCAUUGCCACAGGGGUUCAUGCACAGUGGUACCAAACAGCACCAGAGCCUGGAAGGCCAUCAUCCAUGGCAGUUUCCUGGCCACAUGCAGUCAAUCUCCUCUGAGGACUUGUUUCCUUUCCCCAUCCAUGGUCACAGUGGAGGCUUUGCCAGAAAAAAGAUUCCCAGCCUGAACCCUGCUUAUAGCCAAUAUGCACAGAAAAGUUUAGAACAAUCAGAUGAUGCUCACAAAAAAGAGCACAAACCCAAAAAGCCUGGCAAGUACAUUUGCCCCUACUGUAGCAGGGCUUGUGCCAAACCGAGUGUAUUGAAAAAACACAUUAGGUCCCACACUGGUGAACGGCCAUACCCUUGUGUACCUUGUGGUUUCUCUUUUAAGACAAAGAGCAAUUUAUACAAGCACAGGAAAUCACAUGCCCAUGCAAUUAAGGCAGGAUUAGUCCCUUUCACAGAGUCAGCCGUGUCUAAAUUGGACCUAGAGGCCAGUUUUAUUGAUGUGGAAGCAGAAAUACAUUCUGAUGGUGAACAGAGCACAGAUACUGAUGAGGAAAGUUCCUUAUUUGUAGACCGGCCUGGCAACCUGAGUCCUGGACCAUCAAUCCCAUUGGAUAUUGCUAGUAGAAGUGGCUAUCAUGGGUCUUUGGAAGAACCCUUAGGAGGCCCAAUGAAGGUGCCCAUUUUGAUAAUUCCCAAAAGUGGAAUUCCAUUACCUAGUGAAUGCUCCCAGUAUGUCAGCUCUGACACAUUGCCGACUCCAUCCUUAAGUACUAAAGCGGAUGACUCGCAUACUGUUAAACAGAAACUUGCACUAAGACUUUCUGAGAAAAAAGGACAAGAUUCUGAGCCAUCUCUAAACCUCCUGAGCCCCCACAGCAAAGGAAGCACUGAUUCUGGUUACUUUUCCCGCUCAGAAAGUGCAGAACAGCAGAUAAGCCCCCCAAACACAAAUGCCAAGUCUUACGAAGAAAUCAUCUUUGGAAAGUACUGUCGGAUUAGUCCAAGAAAUGCACUUAGUGUCACAACAUCUGGUCAGGAGCGCACCAUGAUGGGUAGAAAGAGUAUAAUGGAACCAUUACCUCAUGUAAACACAAGGUUAGAUAUCACAAUGAUUGAAGAUCCCACUUCACAGGUGAUCCCAAGCAAGGGAGAUAUAAUGGAACCUAGUCAACCAAGUCCUCUGAAAUCCACCAAAUUUAACACUGAGCCCCGACAAUCCCAAACUAUUCCAGGAUCUCUCAAAAAUGAAGGAAAACUUUAUUUCCCAAGUCAUCAAGGUAGCUCCCCAGUUCUCUUAGAAGCACCUGUAGAUUCUUCACCACUUAUUAGAAGCAACUCUAUGCCAACUUCUUCAGCAACUAAUUUAAGUAUCCCUCCAUCUUUGAGAGGGAGUCACUCAUUUGAUGAAAGAAUGACUGGUUCAGAUGAUGUAUUUUAUCCGGAGACUGUGGGAAUAACCCCACAUCGAAUGUUAAGAAGACAAGCUGCAUUUGAGUUGCCUUCGGUACAGGAGGGGCACAUAGACACAGAACAUCAUGGGAGAAUAUCAAAAACUAUCAGUGUCGCUUCUAAUAGAAUGAUUGGUGAGAUGGGCUCAUCCCUGAAGGAAAAGAAACUGAUGGCUGGUGAUAGGAUUGGUUAUGACUAUGAUGUCUGUCGGAAGUCCUAUAGGAAAUGGGAAGAAUCAGAAGCAACCAAGCAGAGCUUCAGGGAUAUCUCAUGCUUAAGUGGCUUAAAACAUGCAGGGGAAUAUUUCAUAGAUCCAUCAGUGUCAUCACAGGUAGUACCAACCAUAUUUGGAGUCACAUGUGAAACCAGAAAACGCAGGAAAGAAAAGAGUGUGGGAGAUGAAGAGGAUACCCCAAUGAUUUGUGGCAGCAUCCCAGGCACUCCACUGGACAUGAUGACUUCAGAUUAUGAUCCCAAAUUGCAGAUGCAGGAAGGGAUGAGAAGUGGAUUCACUAUCUCUGUUCAUGAUAACCCUUCUCUUGGUCAUUCUGAACGUUUUGAACCAUGUAGACCCCAACUGCAGUCUGGAACCUCAUCAGAAGAAUCACCCUUAAUCACAGAUACCGAAAAGAUGGCAGACCCAGCGAAUAGGAAACCUCCCGGCAAUGUGAUUUCUGUAAUUCAGCACACAAACUCAUUGAGCAGACCAAAUUCAUUUGAAAGGACUGAAUCUACAGACCUUGUGGCUAGCCAGCAGGAUAAAGCCUAUUCACCUUCUGAGAUUUGUGAGAGUGAGACUUCAGAAGCCCCUGUGAGCCCAGAGUGUGUCCAGCAGGGGGAUAGCACUGAAGUAAGGGGGAAACCACCCUCAUCCCAACAGCAACAUCAGCAGUCUUAUCACAUGCAGCCCAGGUUGGUUCGUCAGCACAACAUCCAGGUCCCUGAAAUCCGGGUUACUGAAGAGCCCGAUAAGCCAGAGAAGGAGAAAGAGGUACAGAGUAAGGAGCCAGAGAAGCCUGCUGAAGAAUUCCAAUGGCCCCAGAGAAGUGAAACUCUUUCACAGCUCCCUGCUGAAAAACUACCACCAAAAAAGAAACGUUUACGUCUUGCAGACAUGGAGCACUCCUCUGGAGAAUCUAGCUUUGAAUCCACGGGAACAAGCCUCUCUCGUAGCCCCAGCCAAGAAAGCAACUUGUCCCAUAGUUCCAGCUUUUCAAUGUCUUUUGAAAGAGAAGACUCCCUUAAGCUUGUGGCACCUCCCAAACAGGAUGAGUUUGGGAAGCAGUCAGAGUUUUUGACUGUCCCAGCUGGCUCAUACUCACUGUCUGUUCCUGGACAUCACCACCAGAAGGAGAUGAGGCGCUGUUCAUCAGAACAAAUGCCUUGUCCUCACCCGGCUGAAGUUCCAGAGAUCCGGAGCAAGUCUUUUGAUUAUGGGAAUCUGUCUCAUGCUGCUGUGGCAGGUGCGACUCCUGCCACAUUGUCCCCAUCCCGGGAGAGGAAGAAAUGCUUCCUGGUGCGACAGGCUUCCUUCAGUGGCUUCCCAGAAAUCACUCCGGCUGAGCCAGGCAUGGAACAGGGUAUAAAGCAGGAACAGAUGGAGCACAUGCAGGCUGGUCUCAGAUCUGCAUGGCAUCAUUCGUCCUCUAUGCUUCUUCCUAUUCUGGCAGAGGACUCUGGGAAUCAGCUUGGGGCAGGUUCAACCCACCUAGCACAGCAGCCAGUUGUGCAUAUGGACAGUCAGGAAACUUUGAGAACUUCCCUACUCCCUCCAGCACCUUACAUCUCCAGCAAACACCCAUCAGAACAGCCACACUUAUUUGCACAUCAAGAAAAUAUCCCAUUUCCCCCAAUUCACAAUGCCUUGUUUCAAUUCCAGUAUCCUACUGUCUGUAUGGUUCACUUACCAACUCAGCAGCCUCUCUGGUGGCAAGCAUGUACUGAACCUUUGCAGAGGCAUUUUCAGCCUCACUUUGCGCUACAGAAAAGUUAUAGCAAGUCCCCUUUCCAGCCAGAAAUUCAUACCAGUUAUCACUUAGAGCAUGCUGCUGACCACCUUGGAAAGAAGUCUGAUGAUUAUGCCCACACAAAAGAACAAUCUUACCCGCACUAUUCAGGAAUGUCAGGAGAACACUCAAAGAAUGCUCUUGCAAAGUUUCAGUCAGACCAUAGUAUCAAGUCAAGUGAUAUGUCCUCUGAGCAGCAUCCUCAGGCCGACUUUGAUUUAUCAAACUCUGGACCCAUGCAGCCAAUUCCCGGAACAGUGGUUCCUGUCAGGAUUCAGACCCAUGUACCAUCAUAUGGUAGUGUCAUGUACACCAGCAUUUCUCAGAUACUUGGGCAGAACAGCCCAGCAAUUGUCAUCUGCAAAGUGGAUGAAACGAUGACUCAAAGAACAUUAGUCACCAAUGCUGCCAUGCAGGGAAUUGGAUUUAACAUUGCCCAGAUGUUAGGGCAACAUGCAGGCUUAGAAAAAUAUCCUCUUUGGAAAGUACCUCAGACCUUACCCCUUGGCUUAGAGUCCUCAAUCCCAUUGUGUCUGGCUUCCAGCUCCGACACUGCCUCUACUCUUGGUGGUAGCAAACGUAUGCUUUCUCCUGCUAGUAGCUUAGAACUCUUCAUGGAAACAAAGCAGCAGAAAAGAGUCAAGGAAGAAAAAAUGUAUGGUCAGAUUGUUGAGGAGCUAAGUGCUGUGGAGCUAACCAACUCCGAUAUCAAAAAGGAUUACUCCCGUCCACAGAAGCCUCAGUUAGUUCGGCAAGGCUGUGCAUCUGAGCCAAAAGAUGGUUUGCAAUCUGGGUCAUCCUCUUUAUCUUCACUAUCACCCUCUUCAUCUCAAGAUUAUCCAUCUUCCAGUGUGCCAUCCAGUGAGCCAUUCCCACUCAGUAGGGAAAAACUUUCUAGCUUCAGUGCAACACCACCAGGGCAGAAAUCCAGUGGCCCUUCUGAAGGCAAAGAAUCAUCAGAUGAGUUAGAUAUUGAUGAGACAGCAUCUGACAUGAGCAUGAGCCCACAGAGGUCAUCCUUACCACCGGGGGAUACUCAGCUUGAAGAGCAAGGGAAGCAGCAGAAAUUCCCUGUUGGUAUGUUGGUCCAGAUGGCAUCUGGUCCAAGUGGGAAAAUGGGAAACUCAGCUAUACUUCUAACAGAUGUGGCAGAUUUCCAGCAAAUUCUUCAGUUCCCUAGUUUGCGCACGACAACUACUGUGAGUUGGUGCUUCUUAAAUUAUACAAAACCCAGUUAUGUGCAACAAGCCACCUUCAAGUCCUCGGUUUAUGCUUCAUGGUGCAUUAGUUCAUGUAACCCAAACCCAUCAGGUUUGAAUACCAAGACUACUUUAGCACUUCUGAGGUCCAAGCAAAAAAUUACCGCAGAAAUUUAUACUCUGGCUGCUAUGCAUAGACCGGGAACUGGCAAACUCACCUCAUCAAGUGCUUGGAAACAGUUUGCUCAGAUGAAACCUGAAGCAUCGUUUUUAUUUGGCAGCAAACUUGAAAGGAAACUAGUAGGAAGUAUCCUAAAAGAAAGAGGGAAAGGAGAUAUUCAUGGAGAUAAAGAUAUUGUAUCCAAACAAACUGAGCCAAUCCGAAUUAAAAUCUUUGAAGGAGGAUAUAAGUCAAAUGAAGAGUAUGUCUAUGUUAGGGGACGUGGACGAGGAAAGUACAUUUGUGAAGAAUGUGGAAUUCGCUGUAAGAAGCCCAGCAUGCUCAAGAAGCAUAUCCGCACACAUACUGAUGUACGGCCUUAUGUAUGCAAGUUAUGUAACUUUGCCUUCAAAACAAAAGGAAAUCUAACAAAACAUAUGAAAUCUAAAGCACACAUGAAAAAAUGCCUGGAGCUAGGAGUAUCAAUGACAUCAGUGGAUGACACAGAAGCUGAAGAAGCAGAAAACAUUGAAGAUUUGCACAAGGGAACAGAGAAGAGUAGCAUGUCAGGCAUUUCAACUGACCACCAGUUUUCAGAUGCUGAGGAAUCAGAUGGUGAGGAUGGAGAUGAUAAUGAUGAUGAGGAUGAAGAUGAUGAUGAAUUUGAUGACCAAGGAGACUUGACACCAAAAACAAGAUCAAGAAGCACUAGUCCACAACCGCCCAGAUUCUCCUCGUUGCCUGUAAAUGUUGGGGCUGUACCCCACAGGGCUCCUACUGAUGUUUCAAUGGGGCAUUCCUCACUGAUCAGUUACUUAGUUACUUUACCUAGUAUUCAAGUCACCCAGCUUAUGACACCAAGUGACUCAUGUGAAGAUACACAGAUGACACAGUAUCAGAGAUUGUUCCAGAGCAAAAGUACUGAUUCAGAGCCAGACAAAGACAGGUUAGAUAUACCCAGUUGUAUGGAUGAAGAGUACAUGCUUUCUUCAGAACCUAGCUCCUCUCCUAGGGACUUUUCUCCCUCAAGCCGACAGUCUUCACCAGGAUAUGAUUCUUCACCCUGUCGAGAUAAUUCACCAAAUAGGUAUUUAAUGCCCAAAGGGGAUUUAUCACCCAGAAGACAUUUGUCACCAAGGAGAGAUCUUUCACCCAUGAGACAUCUUUCACCCAGAAAAGAAGCUGCAUUGAGGAGAGAGAUGUCAUCGAGAGAUGUUUCACCAAGGCGCCAUCUGUCACCUAGGAGGCCCUUGUCACCUGGGAAAGAUAUAGUGGGUAGAAGAGACCUCUCACCCAGAAGAGAGAGAAGAUAUAUGAACACCAUUAGAGCACCAUCACCUAGAAGGGCUUUAUAUCAUAAUCCACCAUUGUCCAUGGGGCCGUAUUUGCAAUCCGAGCCAGUUUUGUUGGGACCUACUAAUUUACGAAGAGGAUUACCUCAGGUUCCCUACUUCAGUCUCUACGGGGACAGAGAAGGUGCUCAUGAACAGCAAGGUUCAAGCCUUUUCCCUGAAGGUCCUAAUGACUAUGUCUUUAGUCAUCUUCCACUCCACUCUCAGCAACAAGUGCGAGCUCCUAUUCCCAUGAGGCCCAUUGGUGGGAUCCAAAUGGUCCACUCCAUACCCACGGCCAUUUCAGGUUUACAUGCUCCGCCCACAAUGCCUCUGCCAGUGGAGGGCUCUGAGGAAAAGCAAAGAGCUGCAGCUGAAACCAUUGCUAGAGAACCCUACAACAUCUCCCAGCCUCAUGAGAAACGUUCUUCUCAUGCCUUGCACUCAUCUGGUCCACCCAGCACAUCCUCUUCCCCCCUACUCCUGCUGAAACAGAGCACUUCAGAAGACAGUCCAAAUGCCACAGAGAGGGAACAUGAGGAGCCCAUACAGACUUGUACAAAAGCCAUCGCCUCUCUCCGCAUUGCCACAGAAGAGGCCAAUCUGCUUGGGGCAGAUCAGUCGUCAAAGGCGCUGGAGCCUCAUCAGAAACCCUCAGAAAGUGCACAUUUGAGCAUUAGACACUUUAGUGGAUCUGAGCCAGGCCAGCCCUGUACCUCAGCCACCCACCCUGACUUGCACGAUGGUGAAAAGGACAACUUUGGUACAUCACAGACUGAAUUAGCUCAUUCCACAUUUUACAGUAAGAGUUGUGUGGAUGUCCAACAGUUAGGUUUUCAUAGCCGAAAAGAAUUACCUUCAAGCACACAGGAAGGCAAAGAUACCGCAUCAGAAAGGAGUCAACUACAUUGAUCAGAGAUGCAUGGAGACUUUCACCCAUACAUUUACCCAUUACUUUUGUUUUUGUUUUCUAGAGAUAGAAGUAAUCAAGUUUAUAGCAUGCCUGUCCUAAGUUACAGUAGUUUGCUAUUAUAUAUACUUUUGUUAUAUCAGAAAAAAAUUAGUUAAAACAAUGAGUCAUCACGAGCCUGACCAAAACAAAAUUUGAAAUUCUCCUUUUGGGUCUGGUACUUUUAAAUUGUACAGAUGUUUGUGCCUUUUCUUUACUUUGCUUAUAUUCUUAUAAGCAUUUUUUAGCAGUAAUUUGUACAUAUUUUAGAAUUUGUGUAUCUGCUUUGUAAUAAAUGUAAUUUCUUUCCUUUUUUGGACACUUGGAUCUAAAUGAUGUAAAGCAAAAACAAGCAUCAAUAUAUAUGUGAGGUUGCACUAAAACAUAUUUUUAUAUGAUUAAAACUGAACAGCUUUUAUGUACAGCUCCAAUUCUGUAAUACUAAUAUUUAUUUACUUUGUUUCAUAAAUUGUACAUUUUUUCUUAAUGUUGUGGAUUGCUUUUCUAUGUGAAGCAUGGGAUUUACUGUUGCGUAAUUAGAACAAACUGUAUAUUGUAAACAAGAUAUUUAAAUUAGAGUAUCUUAUCUUAUUCUGCACUCAUGCAUUAGUUUAACAAAAGGAUAAAGGAUGUAUCUGUCAGUUCUUAACUCUUGUAUUUUUUUUUGUCUCUUGUUUGCUGGAUUGACGAUAACUUAAGUGCUGAUUGUGAUUUUAAACUGAUAGUACCGUAAAGCAUUAAAGUAAAACAAUGUGCUAUUGUGAGUUUUUUCAAAGCUUUAUAAAUCAGUUAUAAAUAUAUUAAAAAGUAUUUGGUCUUAUGUGAACAUGUUGAUCUAUAUACUCAUCUAAAAUAUGGGAAAACAUUCCGCCCCAUGUAAAUAUGUACAAGUGCAUCACUGGUACAAUUUUAUGGAACUCAGUUGGACACUAGGUUGCCAGAUACCUAUAUGUGGGAGUGUCUUUAAAAAUUAAAGGGACAAAGCACAUCCAACUGUGUAGAACUUGGUUAUCGGCGGGCCCGGUGGCGUGGCUUAGCAGUGCUGUGCAUUGCCAAUGGAGAACACCUGAGCUCAGAAGUUACCUUGGUUCUUGCUGCACGAGUUGGCGAGUGGAACUCAGGCACCUUAUAGACACGUCGUACAUGAACUCUGAGGGGUGGGUGUGGAGGCAGGAAAGGCUCAUGGAGGCCUGCUCACCAGCCCCCUCCUCAUUCCUGUUAGUCCGUCCACAGAGUAAAUAAUUGGCUUUGGGGGAGGUCACUUUACCCUCUGGGUUAGGGGAAACGUGUCAAUGUCCUGGCUUUCUGGUAGGGGAAAAGGGUUAAUGGAAAGAGAAUGUAGGGCCUGAAGAAUGAGAUGACAUAGAGAGAGGGAAUCAUUCAGAAUGGUUUUCAGUUAGGAAGGUGUGAAAGUAGAGAAAAUUUUGGCUUAUAGGUUUGGAGAAGUGGAAGAAGCAGGAAGGAGUACGAUACAAAAACACAACCUGGGUUAUCUUUGUUCUAUUUUAGUGGAUUAUAAUUCUGUGAAACCAAGUUUGUAUAUUGAAUUACAUUAAGGAGUGUUCUUUAAAAAGAAAUAAAUAUACAAUUACAUGCA